CCUUUUUUGUAGAGCUUAAUGAUGAUAAUAAUACCCACAUGGCAAGUAUCAUUUUUAUGUGGAAUUUUAACAUGGAUUAUUAUGUCUUCAUUUUUCAAUCUUACCCACAUAAUUAGGUCUUUAAUCCAAUCAUGGGUUUCUAGCUAUGUAAUCUCUAGUACACCUAUCAUUCUUCAAAUUCAGAAAUACCAACACACAUAUUUGGAUGGGUUAUUUACAGGGUUAUCUUGUGUUGUUUCUGUUCCAUUCUAUACUGGUUUUCUUCCCUUGCUAUUUUGGAGUGGACAUGGGAAAUUGGCAAGGCAAAUGACCCUCUUGAUGGCAUUCUGUGAUUAUGCAGGAAACUGUAUAAAGGAUGUGGUGUCAGCUCCUAGACCAGCGUCACCUCUUGUGAGGAGAUUGACAGUAACUGAAGAUGAGAAAGAGAAUGCAAUGGAAUAUGGAUUGCCUUCUUCACAUACUCUUAACACCGUUUGCUUAUCUGGGUACCUCUUGCAUUAUGUCUUGUCAUACAAUGAAAAUCCAGCUGCAACCUUUCAGUUAGCAGCAUUUGCAUUUGUUUGCUUAUUUGUUGCCCUUAUUGGAUUGGGAAGAAUAUAUCUCGGCAUGCAUAGCGUGAUUGAUAUUAUUGGUGGCCUUGUGUUUGGAUUUGCAAUACUCCAUUUUUGGCUAUGUAUUCAUGAACACGUUGACCAGUUUGUUGUUUCGGGCCAAAAUGUUACAUCCUUUUGGAUUGCUCUUAGCCUCUUGCUGCUAUUUGCUUACCCGACACCAGAGUUGCCAACUCCAAGUUUUGAGUAUCACACAGCAUUUACCGGUGUGGCAUUGGGAAUUGUAACAGGGGUCCAGCAGACAUAUGAUCACUUCCACCAUGAAGGCGUGGCCCGUGUGUUCACAUCUCAGCUCCCUGUCGCUGCAUUUAUCGGUAGGAUCUUAGUUGGUAUCCCAACCAUACUGUUGGUCAAAUUCUGCGCCAAAGCUUUAGCAAAAUGGAUUCUCCCUAUUACAGCUAAUGCAUUAGGCAUCCCUAUACAAUCUUCAGGGUACGUCCCAGCCUUGAUCGCUUCCCCAACUCUUAAAAAAUCAAACGAAGUCAAACAGUCAAAUGAGUUUCUCCAGAAAAUGCUGUUUUAUAGUAAUCAAGAUUCAUUCGAUGUAGAUACAGGUAUACGGUUGCUUCAGUAUGCUGGUCUUGCUUGGUCCGUGGUAGAUCUUGUUCCUACAAUAUUUUUUCAUCUCAAUUUGUAAUCUAUUAUGACACUGACACUUGUUUCCAAAACAUUUUUACUUACACCUGACAUAGUUUUUGAACCAACGAAAAUAUUGUUGGAUGUGUUUAAAAUUGCUACGGAAAUUAGGUUUGACAUAAAACGAGUUGUAUUAUAGUGCAAGCUAUAUUUUACUUUAUUUUGUUUUUA